AUGUCGGAUCCAAUCCACGCUCCACACCCCAGUCCCAGUGAAGAAUAUACCGAAUUCCCUCUGCCCGGCAACCCUGGCAGUCGCGAAAGCCUCGAGCGCGAGGACACGGCCGAUGUUCAUCAAUAUGACGCGGGCCCUCCCUCGCCCGAGCCUCGAGUCCGGUCGCCCCGAGUGCGAUUUCACUCGAUCAGUCGAUCCAACAGUAACCAAUACCUUCAGCCAGAGGACUCACAUCGCAUCUUUUCCGAUCAAUCCGACUUGGCAAAUCGCCCACUAUUGCCCGCCGCACAAUUGAGCGAUGUAUCGCUGUCCGGGAACGUAACCCCGCCGGCCCCCACCUACGCUCGCCACGGCCUCGCCAGCGCGCACACCCCGGAGGAAUUGAAUGCCACCGACCCUGAAAAGCAGGCAGAGCUUGAGCGGACGGGCUCGACGCGCGAGCGGUUCAAGGCUGCGGGCGAGCUCCUCCGGCAGAAGACCGUCCGUUUGACGGAGCGCCUCGGUCGCCCGCCGGAUGAGGGGGAGGCGCUCAAUGCCUCGAUCCUGCCCGAUGAUUUCGAGGGUGGUAUUCCAAUGGAGGAGGUGCAGGCCCGCCGAGCCCGUCAAGAUGCAGAUCGCCUGCGUGCGCUCGAGAGCGGCGAGGAACUGCUCCAGCCUCCGCCCAGUGCCGAGGCCCAUCGCCUUGUGCGCGGUAUGACCCAGGCCCAGGAGAAUCUCCGGAAGCGUAAGCCCCGCGGUGCGUAUCAGCGCUCGGGGCAGGCGACGCCAGAGGGACUCCUGCGCGACUUUGCUACCCGGCGUCGGUCCAGUGGCUUCGGCGGCGGCAGUGGCAUUCUGUCCCAGUUGCUGAAGCUACAAGCCAGCCAGACUGCGGGCUCGUCGCGCCCUGAGAGUGUGAUCACGGAUGACUCGGACAGCGAGACUCAGGUGUCUUCGGGGACUACCACCCCGAAGAAGGGCUCUCUGUCGCCGUCGAUGCCGACCUCCGGCGCCGCGACCCCACGCAAGGAGAAGAUCAAAUGGUACAAGAAACCCGCUCACCGGUCCACCUCGUCGCUGGUCGACGCCUCUAUGAACCUCAGCCGCCCGACGUUACCCGCGGCCGCCGCGGAUGCGGUACAUCCGGGCAAGAAACCCAAGAAGCCAAAGCGCCGCACCCGCCUCGAAGACGAAAUCCGUGUGACUGUGCACAUCGCUGAGAUCCUCGCUCGGCAACGUUAUAUUAUGCAACUGUGCCGUGCCCUCAUGCGCUACGGCGCCCCGACCCAUCGCCUCGAGGAAUACAUGCAAAUGACAGCGCGUGUCCUCGAGGUGUCAGGUCAAUUCCUGUACCUUCCGGGAUGCAUGAUCAUGUCUUUUGAUGACCCGACAACCCGCACGGCCGAGGUCAAACUCGUGCGCAUGGUCCAGGGUGUUGACCUUGGGCGGUUGGCCGACACGCACAAUGUUUAUAAAAAUGUCGUCCAUGAUCUGAUCGGUGUGGAAGAAGCGACUCAGGAACUGGACGAGAUCAUGCAGCGUAAACCGCGGUUUAACAAGUGGGUUCUCGUCUUGAUGUACGGCCUCGCCAGUGCGACUGUUGGACCCUUCGCCUUCAAGGCCCGACCUAUUGACAUGCCCAUUAUCUUUUGUCUUGGUGCGUUGGUCGGGCUGAUGCAACACGUCCUGGCACCUCGCUCUGUCCUCUACUCCAACGUCUUCGAGGUUACCGCCGCCGUGCUGACCUCGUUCCUGGCGCGUGCUCUGGGUAGUAUCCGCGUUACUCGCAAUGGGGUCUCGGAGGAGCUGUUCUGCUUUUCGGCUCUAGCCCAAUCCUCUAUUGCGCUUAUUCUUCCUGGUUUUAUGGUUCUGUGUAGCAGUCUGGAACUGCAAUCUCACCAAAUCAUCGCUGGCUCGAUUCGUAUGGUGUACGCCAUCAUCUAUUCGCUUUUCUUGGGCUACGGCAUCACAGUCGGAACCACUGUCUACGGUUUAAUGGAUGCCAACGCAACCUCCCAACCGCAAUGCAAGAAUCUCGAGGUGUAUGGAUCGGAAUGGGCACAGCAAUUCCCUUUCGUUGCCAUCUACGCCGUCUUUCUUGCCAUCGUCAACCAUGGCAAGUGGAAGCAGAUGCCAGUCAUGGUGUUUAUUGCCAUUUCCGGCUACAUCACCAACUACUUCAGCACCAAGAAGCUCGGCUCUCAGUCUGAAGUGGCGAAUACCGUCGGCGCCUUUACCAUCGGUGUACUGGGAAAUUUGUACAGUCGUCUAUGGCACGGCCACGCCGCGACCGCCAUCUUGCCUGGUAUUUUCGUGCUCGUGCCGUCCGGUCUCGCCUCUAGUGGUUCCUUGCUGGCCGGUCUCAAAUAUGCCGACGAGGUCCGCAAGAACCUCAAAGACUCGGGCACCAGCUCGGGCACGAGCAGCAUGUCCGAUGUCUCAGUGGCCAGUCUCGGUUUCGGCAUGAUCCAGGUCGCCAUUGGAAUUACUGUUGGUCUUUUCAUCGCUGCUCUCAUCGUCUACCCCUAUGGCAAGAAGCGCACUGGUCUGUUCAGCUUCUAG